AUGAAGCGUGGAAGGAAACCUCCAGGGAAACAAAAACUGUUCUUAAAGGAUUUGGAUGGUUUGCCCGAGGACAUAUUUGUGGAAAAUGAAAGAGGCGUCGGUUUACUGGGAUAUCCUUUUUUUUCUGCCAAAUUGCUAAUCCCUCGAAUAGAUCCGAGCAACUUCCAGAUAGUUAAUACUGAGGAUCGGUUGCUUAGGAAUAUAUCGAAUGCUUCGGUUCACUCAAUAGCUGGCUUGUAUCCUUUGACCAAGGAUGAGGCCCGGGAGAAGGCUAAUGGCCCGUCGAAAUGGUUUGUGUUGAUGGAUUUCAAGGAUAAACUCGAUAUGGAUGACCAGGGUUGGCUGUACAGCUGGCAUUUCAGUACUGAGCGAUGGAAAUCCAAGCAUGGGUUUGUAAGAAGACGUGUUUGGGUUAAAUUGCCCGAAAGAAGAGGCGAAUUGGCCCUUGUACCUAAAGAAUCGCCUCCGCCUUUACCCACAACUGUCUCAUCUGUUUCAUCGGAGUCUAUGGCUAGCUCUUUCGUGACUGCGAAUGAUGAUUAUGAACAUUUGAUCAGUGAUUUGAAGGGAAUGUUGCUCGAUAGGCAGAGAUUUGAAAGGCUGGAUGAAGCGUGGCAGAGAGGUGAACUGGACAAAAUCUCUUUACGAGACAAAGAAUUUUGCGAAAGAGUACGAAAGUGCUUCCAGUAUAAGUCUUCACAGAUGAGAUUUGAGGAUGAUUGGCUGCCGAAUAAGCUAAGACCCUAA